AUGACCCAUGCUGAUGAAAGACAGCCAUUGCUAGAGGGCCAGCGCGAUGUGGUAAAGCCUGAUAAUACCACAAUACCCGAUGGCGGCCUCAAAGCCUGGAGCCAAGUGAUCGGUUCAUUCUUUCUUAUGUUCAACUGCUGGGGAAUUGUCAAUUGCUAUGGAAGUUUCCAAGCCUAUUACAAGACCGUGCUUUUCCCCGAUGCGAGUCCAGCUGCCAUCUCAUGGAUCGGAUCGCUGCAGGCUUUCCUGCUAAUUUUCAUCUCCGUCCUGACGGGGCCGGCAUAUGAUGCGGGAUAUUUCCAGGCGCUGAUCGUGACUGGCACGACACUGAUGGCUUUCGGCACAUUGAUGGUCAGCUUCUGUUCACAGUACUGGCAAUUGCUGUUUGCUCAGGCCAUAUGCACAGGACUUGGAGCUGGCUGUCUGUUUGUUCCUGGAGUGGCCAUCUUGAGCACAUACUUCAAGAAGAAUGCCUCUUUGGCGACAGGAAUUGCUACAAGUGGCGGCAGUGUCGGAGGUAUCGUCUACUCUGCUCUUUUCAAGCGGUUCGAGCUUUCCUUAGGGUUCGCCGCCUCAGUGCGAUUACUCGCCCUGGUCAUGCUUCUCACCCAAUCCAUCGCCCUCCUUACAAUGCGAGUGCGAAUGGUUCCAGCGACUCGACGGGCGUACCUACAGCUCUCUGCCUUCAAAGAGAUCCCCUACGCGAUCUAUAGUGGUGGUGUCCUCUUCGCGUUCAUGGGCAUGUAUAUCCCAUUCUUCUUCGUCCAGAAUUACGCCAUUGAACACAAUAUCCUGCCAGCAAACACGGCGUCUUAUGCGCUGAUCACCCUCAAUUUGGCCUCAUUGUUAGGGCGUAUCAUCCCUAACAUGUUGGCUGAUCGGACGGGCCCAUUCAACAUCCUCAUCCCGUGCAGUCUCACCACCACACUCCUCGCGUUUUUAUGGAUCUGGGUCGAUACCGUGGAGACAUUGUUUAUUUUUUGCAGCCUAUACGGUUUCUUCAGUGGCGCGUUCGUGUCUCUGUCGCCGACGACUGUGGUCAGUCUCUCUCCUAAUCUGGGUGUAGUAGGCGUGCGUAUGGGAAUGAGCUUUGUGUUUGCAGCUAUUGGCCUCCUCACAGGCAAUCCCAUCGCGGGGGCUAUCUUGAAAGCAACCGGAUGGCCGGCUUUGCAGGCAUUUUGCGGAUGUUGCGUUGGAAUCUCGAUGAUUGCGAUGGUGGCUGCGAGGAUUGUCAAGGCUGGGCCUUCGCUUCGUGUCAAAGUCUAA